GUGGCCUGGGAAACAGGCCGUCAGUCCCGGAAUGCCCCUGCCUGAGCCCAGAGAGCAGGAGGGUGAGAGCGUGAAGGCCGGGCAGGAGCCGUCCCCUGAGCCGGGCACAGAUGUCGUCCCAGCCGCCCCCAGGAAGCCCAAGGAGUUCUCCGAACUGGUCCUGCUCACAGCCUCCAACCAGGAUGGGGAUGGGGUGGGCUCCAAGCCCCAAGAAGUACACUGUGCCACGUCCCUGGGGAUUUCUGGUCCCACCACCCUUGCCAGCACACUGCAGAUCCUGCCAGUGGAGGAGCCCAUGGUGGUCCAGCCAGUCCCCCGGGCCCCUGAGCAGAAAUGCAGCAAGCUGGACACAGCCCCCAAGCCCCUGGAGUUCCUGAAGACACCGUUCGGGGGCCGCCUCCUGGUGCUCGAGUCCUUCCUGUACAAGCAGGAGAAGGCUGUGGGGGACAAGGUGUACUGGAAGUGCCGCCAGCAUGCCGAACUGGGCUGCCGGGGCCGGGCUAUCACCCGAGGCCCGCGGGCCACCGUGAUGCGGGGCCACUGCCACCCGCCGGAUGAGGAGAGCCUGGAGGCCCGGCGCCAGAGGGAGAAGCUGCCCAGCCUGGCCCCGCCGGAGGAUGCGGGGGUUGCUGGGGUUUCCGAGGGCCCUGGAGGCCGGGUGGAGGAGCUGCUGGAGGCGGGGGACCCAUGGCCGUGCCCUGAGCAGCCGGAGCCCGCCCCCGCGCUGGCACCGAGCAAGCCGGCCACAGAGGAAUAUGAGGGCCCCCGAGCACUGUCACUGCUGAGCUUGCCACCCAAGAAACGCCCGACGCUUGGGAUGGGACGUGCCUGGACCCUGGAGUUCCUGAGAACAUGCUACGGGGGCAGUUUCCUGGUCCACAAGUCCUUCCUCUAUAAGCGGGAGAAGGCUGUGGGGGACAAGGUGUACUGGACCUGCCGGGACCACUCACUGCAUGGCUGCCGCAGCCGGGCCAUCACCCAAGGUCAACGGGUGACUGUGAUGCGCGGCCACUGCCACCUACCCGACGUGGAGGGCCUGGAGGCCCGGCGGCAACAGGAGAAAGCUAUGGAGAUGCGGGCCCCGCCCAACGGCCCUGGGGGCCACAUGGACAAGCUGCUCCCAGGUGUGGACAGUCUGUUGUACCACAGGGGGCCAGGCACCCUGACUCUUACCAGGCCCAGGCCCAGGAAGCGAGCGAAGGUCAUAGACCCGGCCCAGCCCCCAGCCCUGGAGGGACCCCCCAGUGAGGACCGGGACGCAGACUCUGGAGGCCCGGAGUUUCUGAGGACCCCCCUAGGGGGCAGCUUCUUGGUGCAUGAGUCCUUCCUCUACAGGCGGGAGAAGGCCGCGGGGGAGAAGGUGUACUGGACCUGCCGGGACCAGGCCCGUAUGGGCUGCCGCAGCCGGGCCAUCACACAGGGUCGGCGGGUGACCGUGAUGCGAGACCACUGCCACCCACCCGACCUGGGGGGCCUGGAGGCACUGCGGCAGCGGGAGAAACGCCCCAGCCCGGCACAGCCAGAAAGCCCAGGAGGCCCUGAGUUCCUGAGGACCCCCCUGGGGGGCACCUUCCUGGUGUACGAGUCCUUCCUCUACCGGCGAGAGAAGGCCGCGGGGGAGAAGGUGUACUGGACCUGCCGGGACCAGGCCCGCAUGGGCUGCCGCAGCCGGGCCAUCACGCAGGGUUGGCGGGUGAUGGUGAUGCGCAGACACUGCCACCCGCCCGACCUAGGGGGCCUGGAGGUUCUACGGCAGCGGGAGCAGUUCCCCAGCCUGGCCCAGUGGGAAGGCCCAGGAGCCCUCCAGCCCCUGGAGUUCCUGAGGACCUCCCUGGGGGGCAGGUUCCUGGUGCACGAGUCCUUCCUCUACAGGAAGGAGAAGGCCACCGAGGAGAAGGUGUACUGGAUGUGCCGGGACCAUGCUCGGCUGGGCUGCCGCAGCCGGGCCAUCACACAGGGUCAGCGUGUGAUGGUGAUGCGGAGCCACAGCCACGCGCCUGACCUGGUGGGCCUGGAGGCCCUGCGGCAGCGGGAGAGGCUUCCCAGCAUGGCCCAACAGAAGGACACAGAAAAGGUAAAACUUCUGCCUGAAGUUCAACUGUGCUUCAAGACGUGUUCUCCUGAAAGUCCACAGACUUAUGGGAACACCAAAGACCUCACGCUGGACGGCGAGGAGCAGUGAGGUUGGUCUCUCCCCGACGCAAGCAGGGGCGCACGCUGCCGGCCCAAGGCCUCGUGUCCACAUAGGCACUGCCCUUCCACGUAGAUGUUGCCUGACAGAAAAUUUCUCUCACCCUUACAAAGCAUCAGUGGCCUUCACAUGCCCUCACAGGGUCUCGGAGGCAAAGAACAGGGCUUGGAGCCGGCGCUUGCAGUGGCGGAUAGCAGGGGGGCAGGGUGGGGGCCGCUGGUACCUUCCUGACCUUUGAAGCAUGUGAAGAGUCACCUCAAGAUGAAGACACGUCUUCCUUGUCCUGCCAACCCAAGCCACCAGCACGUCAUCUUCACAGCACGUGGCUUUCCAAGGCCCUCCCACCGGUGACCCUCGCAGCUCAGCAGUGACAAGUGAAGCAUUGCCUUGGAGCUGGGGCACGUCUGAGGACGUUUCUGCUUCUUCAAACUGAGCUGCCCCCAUGGGCCCGUGCGAGCCACGCUGGGCCUGGACAGGUGCCAGCUGGCCUUCCUGGGCCACCUUGUCAGCCAGGGUGUAGUUAUCCCCAAUAACUAACAGAGCUGGCCAAGAAGAGGUGCCACUACCGCCUGGUUGGACUUUCCUGGCUGUGCUGUUUCAAACUUAAACAAAACCCCGUGUCCACGAGUCCUGUGGCAGAUGUCAUUCCAGCAAUGGGAGCCAGCCCAGAUGUCACCGGGAGGCCAGCACCGGACAGACACCCCCUGGCUGAGACCAGCGGCGUCCUGGGUGGGCCGGGCUCCUCUGAAACCUGCAGAGAGUUGGGCAGGCGGGGGGUACGUCCCCUUCUCCUUUUGGGCAGCCUUCAGGAGCCCUGGCUGAGCGGAUCCAAAGGCCCUGGAUGGGCAUGCUGACCCUACUGGGGACUCCAGGGGAUCCCGUUCGCUGAUGAGGCCGCGUCCUCCCUGUGAUUGGUGGGCAGCACCAAGCAGCCCCCUCCCAGGCAAGCUGGCCAUGAUGACCUCCAUCCACUGGGGGGUGACAGCCUGGUGCCCCCACCACUGCUCUGCUUAUGCAUUCCCCCAGUAAAUCCUGUUUUACGCCUCA